AAAAAUUGGGAAUUUUAGGAAGCUAAGAUUCAAGCACAUCUGGAAGCAUUGGAAGAGAAGGCUCCCCACAGUGGACUUACUGAAAUACUCAACUAUUUGGCAUAUCCUAUUCAUAGAAUUAGUAUGGAGUUGAUAAGCAAAUGUGCUAACAAAGAAGACGCUCAUUCAACAACAAUGUCACUGCUUCAUUCACUCACAACCUAUGCCUGGGACACGAAAGUCGUGAUAACAUUCGCGGCUUUUGCCCAGCAAUAUGGUGAAUUUGGUCUGCUUGUUCAUCAGUAUACUACAGAUCCACUGGCUAAGUCUGUUGCAAUCAUCAUGGAACUUCCAGAAAUAAUGACGCGUCAGGAUGUUCUGAAGCAGAAAUUUGAUGCGAUUCAUGAUUUGAUCGAUAAAAUGUUGGAUGUCACAAAGUGUAUUAUCGAGUUUAGAGACAUUCAAACGUCUCACAGUCAACAUGUUAUCACACAAGAAUUGGAGAUGUUGAUCAAUACUGCCCAUAUUUCCACUGCUGCUUAUUGGACUAUGAGGGCUGCUGUCAUGUGUGCAGCUAUGAUUCUGAAUCUCAUUGCCAUUGGUCAUGAGCAAAUUUCUUCAACAUCUGAGGCUUGGGAGUUAUCUAGUUUGACUCACAAGCUUGCAAACAUAUUGGAUCAUCUCAGAAAGGUUCUUAACCUUUGUCACCAAAAGAUUGAGGAGAAGAGGCAACAUGAUGCAUUUGAAGCACUUCUACGACUUCUCAGGACACCUCACAUUGAUAACAUGAAGAUACUCUCAAUCUUGAUUCACUCCAGGGAUGAUCAACUCCCACUUUUUGAUGGAACUCAUAAGAGAAGGGUAAGUCUUGAUGUGCUAAGAAGGAAGCAUGUUUUACUUUUGAUCUCUGACCUAGACAUUGCACCCGAAGAGCUCUUUGUUCUCCACCACAUGUACGAUGAAUCCAAGACACAACCAAACAGGCCAGAAAGCAACUAUGAUGUUGUCUGGAUCCCUGUGGUCGACAAGAGACUAACACCAUGGACUGAAGCAAAACAAAUGAAAUUUGAAGAAGUACAAGCUUCAAUGCCAUGGUACUCAGUGGCACAUCCUUCGAUGAUCGAUCCAGCAGUGAUAAGGUGCAUUAAAGAAGUGUGGGGAUUCAAGAAAAAGCCUCAGCUUGUUGUUCUUGAUCCACAAGGGAAAGAAGCAAAUGACAAUGCUUACCAUAUGUUAUGGAUUUGGGGAAGUUUGGCUUUUCCUUUUACCAAAACUAGGGAAACAGCUUUGUGGAAGGAGCAAACUUGGAAUAUUGAACUUUUAGCUGAUUCCAUUGAUCAAAACGUUUUCACUUGGAUUAGUGAAGGCAAAUGCAUAUGCUUGUACGGAGGAGAAGAUAUUGAAUGGAUCAGAUCAUUCACCUCAGCAACGCGGGCUGUUGCCAAUGCAGCCCGUGUUCCACUAGAGAUGCUCUAUGUGGGGAAAAAGAACCCAAAAGAAAGAGUCCGGAAGAACAGCUCAAUAAUCCAAAUGGAAAACUUGAGCCAUGUGGUGCAAGACCAAACUCUCAUUUGGUUCUUUUGGGAAAGGCUAGAAAGCAUGUGGCACUCCAGGACUCAACAAGACAUCCCCGGUGAAACUGAUCCCAUCCUUCAGGAAAUUGUGACGAUUCUGAGCUAUGAUGGAAGUGAUCUUGGAUGGGCUGUUUUCAGCCGCGGAUUGGCUGAAAUGACUAGAGGUAAAGGUGAUCUGAUAGUGCAAGUUAUGAAGGGAUUUGAUCGUUGGAGAGAAGAAGUGAGUGACAUAACUACAUUUGUUCCUGCAUUGGACCGUCAACUUCGUGAUCUUCAUAGUCCUCAUCAUUGUACUCGACUAAUUCUACCGAGUACCACUGGACAUGUUCCUGAGAAAGUGGUUUGUGCUGAAUGUAGCCGUCCAAUGGAGAAGUUUAUCAUGUACCGCUGCUGCACUGAUUGAGGAUUUAUGGAGGAUGAAAUUCGUCUGAGUAUGGAGUUGGACUUUAUAUUUGAAUAAAUUGACCACUACUAGUCCUCUCUUGUGAGUUUUUAAAAGUAUUGUUUGUGCUUACUUUAAUUUACUUUUUUGUUUAGAAUAAAAAUGCCAUGUACUGGCUUUUU